AUGUCUCUGGGUUGGGUGGCGUUCCUUCUGUUUGCAGGGUGUAGUGUGGCGCUGGAAAAUACGCAGGCCUUGAAUGUGUCUCAAAGAUGUAUGAACGAUACCAACAGGUUCCUCAGGGAAAUUAACCAGGACUGGCCGAAGGAAUAUGCUGUUUCCAUGUAUGAUGCAUUUGGAAAGAUGGGUAGCAAUGUUGAAGGAGGUAAUGUCAACCGGCCUGGCUUGCUGCAGCUGUGUCGCUCUGCCCAUGCUCCUACCUUCUCUGGACAGUACUGCCAGGUGUUCCUUAGACAGGGAACAGUCCAGUACUUUGUGGGUGUUUGUGUUCCUGACUCCUGUGAAGAAGAGGAGGUGCAAAUGCUGGUGCUGUACGGGAGGCUACAGUUUAGUCAGACGUCCCUCAUUCCCCCUUUACCUCCCAUCCUGGUCAAUCAGUCCACUCAGGAGAUGAUCAUGACUCACUGUUUGUCUGACACCAUUGCCCCUGAUGCAUCAGAUUUCACCUGCCUGUUUGUGUGUUGUGUCAUGGUAGCAAUUCCUCUUGCGGCUACCCUGUUUACAGCUAUGAUAAGGUGGCAACAGGACAGAGAGGUCAGCCCAACAGUAGAGUCUCCGUCUUUGAACACUGGUCUCAAACUUUAUGGUACCCUGAAGACCAAUGCCUCCUCCAGUAGCAAAAUUAAUAGCAAUACUUCAGAGGAAAAAGGUAAUAACUGCACCAGGCACACAACACUGUGCUUUUCUCGAAGCUGUGUGUACCGGUACCUGCAGGUGUUCUCUCUACAAACUACCACCCAGGGCAUUUUUAGCACCUCCUCAUCCAUCCCAGGAGGAGGCUACUCCUGCCUGAAUGGCAUCCGUGUUCUCAGCCUGCUGUGGAUCAUUUGUGGACACUCUGCAGAGUAUACAUUAAACAACCUCGAUAACUACAAAAACUGGAAGAACACAGUUGAAAGCAGCCCUCUGUAUGUGCUUACCAUCAGCGGACCUGUGUUUCUGGCUGUAGACACCUUUUUACUGCUCGGGGGUCUGCUUAGUGCAAGGUCUCUGCUGGGCUCCAUCAACAGAGCUGAAGACAAACUGAGCACCAGUUUGGUGACCAACUACCUCUUCAAGAGGAUUAAAAGGAUUCAACCACUGCAUAUGUUUUUUGUGUGUCUAACCACUGGCCUCAUCUCUCUGGUCCAGUGGGGACCCUACUGGUUCCCAUUUAAAGAUACAGGGGUGGAUUGUAAGACUUACUGGUGGGCUAACCUAUUGUUGAUAAGCAAUGUCCUCCCAAGCAACAAGAUAUGUAUUCCUUGGACUUGGUACCUAUCUCUGGACUUCCAGUGUUAUGCCACCACUCCUUUGUUGGUCUAUUUUUAUAGACUAAACAGAGGUGUGUUUGCAGUUGUUUCUGGAGGUCUUGUGCUGAUGACCACUGUGACCAGUGCUGUUAUAACUGCACUUCUACAGCUGCCAGUCGUUCAUCCAUCUACACUGCAAUUUGAGAAUUAUGUCUUGUAUUACUACAAGAAACCCUACACAAGAUAUGGGCCAUUUUUAAUAGGGGUCUUGACUGGAAUAUAUUUGGCGACAAAGAAGAAUCAGCUUUUAAAGCAAAAGUGGCAGGCAAUACUUGGUUGGUUCUGCUGUUUGUCACUCAUGGCUGUGUUGGUUGGAUUAGCAUACAUCUUGAGGGAGACCCCGGCCUACCCAUCAGUGCCUCAUGCCCUCUACCAGGGACUGCACAGACAGCUCUGGGCUCUGGCUGUAACCUGGAUCAUACUGGCUUGUGAGGAGGGUUAUGGAGGUUUUAUCAAGAGCCUCUUGUCAUUGGAUGUCUGGGUUCCUCUUUCCAACAUUAGUUUUGCCUGCUAUCUGACACAUCCUGUCUUCAUCAUCCUCUACAAUGGCUUGCAAGAGACCCCAAUCCACUACACAGGCAUCAACUUUAUGUACCUGUUCCUUGGCCACCUGGUGCUCACGGUGGUGGUGAGCUAUGUGUUUACUGUGCUGGUUGAGAAGCCCUACCUUCACACAUAGAGUAGUGCAUAGAAAAUCCAUACUUGAAGGACUUCUCCAGUUAAUGCCCCUAAUCGUAUAUUUCAUUUUAAAAAAAGAUGAGAUCUUUGAAAUCAAUGCAUUCAUCAACAUUGACAGUGAUUGAAAUUUGUUAAUGUUUUCAAUCAACACCAUCCAGAGAGAGAGAAAAAAUAUCCUUAUUAUGUGAAACUGAAUUGGUUUUUCGGGUUAAUGAUUUAACAGAUAUAACAAUAUGUCAUCUGCCUAUGAGGAUAUUUUGUGUUGUCUUGUGUUAUUUUUGUUGUCUAUAUUUUGCCCAUCACCACUGAAUGAAAGGAAUUAUUACAUGGGCAAAUAAUUGUGGAGAAAUUUUCAGCAGUACGAUGAAAGCUAUUUAAAUUCCUAAUAAAAUGUAGUAAGACUAUCAGAGUAUUAUUGUUUUGUAAUUUGUUAACUGUA